AUGACUAAUUUCCAAGUCGCGGAAGGGUCAAAAGAUAAAGAGCCUACCUCCACGAGUAGUAGCGCGGACAACGCAUUAAACGGCGCAACGUUGAAAGAGAAUGAGGUAGUCGAGGUGCAGUUGACAAAAGACACAGGAGCGGCGUACCGUGACUUGUUAUCAAGACAUGAAUCUGAAUCGGAAGGGCCUUUACUAAUCGUAAACAAAGCCCCCGACCUAAACACAUCACGAUCCAGAUCACAUCCUCCAACAGAUAAAGAGAAGCUUUGGGAGAAGAUCGUCGAAUCUAAAUUAGCGAACGACGACGCAAACACAUACUUCCUCCUCAGGAUCUAUCUUUCGCUCCCAAGAGAGGAUGCCACCAAGAAUUUACGUGUUCCGGUUGAACUGUCGGACCUACGUUCCACGUCAGCUGAAGCAGCAAUCCCUACUCAAAAAUCUACCUCGUCGGAGAGGACGGUCAAAUUCAUUAAGGGCUCGGUCCCGAACCAUUGUGACAUCGGUUUUACUCCUUUCUUCGACAAAAACAUCCGCGAGUUCAAGGGGCCGCUGCCCUUGACUAUCUUUGAUAAAGAAUGGCAAGAAGAUGCGGUCAAUUUUCACUCUGGGAAGAAAUCUAAAUCAGAUGAAAAAGACGGAAUAUACACGGGGUACGAAUACCCAAACGAGUGGUCGCAAUCGUUCAGUGCUUGGACUAAUAACUUUAGAAGUUUUCUCAUCACUUAUAGAGACAUCUAUAAGAUACCGGAGUUUGCCGAGUGGAUUGUGGCUCACAAAGCGAACGUCGACGAGAUUAUUGCCAACGAGGGGUUCCUAACUGGUUUUAGAUAUGAUAUGAACAUACGCGCAAACGCAUUUGCGUACAGGGUAGAGACAUCAGAUGGAGCUUCCGUCGUCGACAUUUCAGUGAUGCGCAAAGAUGUACGAGAAAACACUUGGGCUAUAACGAGAAAGUUAGAUGAACUGGACUUCAAAGAUAACCCUUAUGCGCAAGGAGGCGUCAAAUGCGGUUUCGAUCCGAAAACAGGAAGACCUAAGAUCGGUAAAGGCCACAAGUCUUUCGCCGAUGCGAACCCAUAUCCAUCAGGUAACUCGAGCGGAUAUGGUAGUUCAUCGAGAGGCAGAGCAGGUUUCAGAAAGAAGAGUUUCGGACGCGGCGGUUAUGGUUACGAAAACGGUCCCGACGACAGAUGA